AUGAACAGAUUCACGAGAGGGAUAACAACAACGGUAGCCAGACUCAAGACGGUCAAAGACUCGAAGAUGUCUGGUGUCUUCUAUCACCAGCAGCAACCAGAACGCUGGGCUGUUAGUUUGCUUGAUAAGCUCCCAGAGAACGCGCCAAAAAAGCUAGUGUGUGGAUACGUCAAUACUGCUAGCCCAGUCUCAACGGAACUCUACAAAUCACUCGAGCAAAACGAUGAAUUCAUCGAUUUGCUACAAUCUGUUGUGCAGAAUAACUUUACAAAAGAUCAGCACGUUAUUCAAGACGCUUUUUUUAGAGGUGAAGGUUGGAUACCUGUGAUGGAUGAACGCGCUCCUCAGACUUUAGGUAGAGCCGGUGACCCUGAUGACUAUCUUGGCAUGGUUUUGGUGGAAGGUGGCGGUAAGAUCAAUGCGUCUACUUACGAGCGCACGCCUACUUACAGAUUAGCAACACGCGACAAUGGCUUCAUGAAGUUAUCGCCCGCUCUCGACAAAGCCCUGAGAGAAGCGCUUAAAGUUGAAACAAAGUAG